GUCUUGGUCAAGUAGUGGAGGCAAAGUGAAAUUCUCGAAAACAUGCGCAACCUCAACCUGACGAGUUGUGGUAAUUUGUGGCUGAAAGGUCACAAUGUACGUCAUAUCUCUUUGGAUGACUGCUCUAAUAACAUCACUGUUUCUUUUGAGAGAAGUAUCGAGUUGAUCAGUAGCACGGGGAUAAAUACUUAUCAUGCUCAAGGCACCCAACAAGAGAUACAUAGUUGUUUUGCGAUAUCUCCACCUGUAUAUUUGGUUGCAAGUUCCAACGAAAUAUUUCUUUGGCAUUCACUGAAUCACCAAAUUUAUGAAAAACUUGAUCUCAACACGGAAUUAAAAGCUAUAUGUAUUUCUCCAGAUCUUUCAAAAACGGUUGUCGUAACUGGCGAUGGUUUUAUCCAUAUUCUUUCUUCAACUCUCGAAACUGUAUCCAACUUUUCACUGUAUGAGGAAGGUUUCGGGUCGGCUCUGCCAGUUUCUCUAGGUUGGGGUAAGAAAGAAACUCAGUUUCAUGGCUCGGAAGGCAAGGAAGCAGCUUUAGCAAAACCGACUGUACCAGUCUCAAACACUCAAUAUGAUGAUGGUCGUUUUGAAAUUGCAUGGCGUGAUGAUGGUCUUUAUUUCGCCGUAUCAUGGAUUGAUCCAUUAACAGAGAAUCGUAGACGUAUACGCGUCUACAAUGAUACUGGUGAAUUGUUUUCAACAACUGAAAUAACGAAUAUGAUUUGUCCAGGGCUUUGUUGGAGACCUCGUGUUCAGUUAAUCACAACGCCUCAACGACGAGAAGGUCGUGGAUUGGAUAUCAUAUUUUUUGAAUCGAACUCCCUACGUCAUGGAGAAUUCGAACUGAUCGGUGGUGAAUCCGAAAAGUUUUAUCAAGUGGAAUCUAUUAUGUUUAAUCCGACCGGUUCAAUUUUGGCAGUACUGUGUAGUGGAACUCAAAACCAUCCAUGGUUUAUUCGACUAUUAACUUGCUCUAAUUACCAAUGGUCAAUAAAACAACAUUUCUGUAUAGCUGACAAUUUAUUAAACGAUAGUCAAAUUUCCAAUAUAUCAUUAACAUGGGAUCAUCAUGCUUACAGUGCAGAUUUGUCAACUCUUUAUUGUGCUAUAUCAAUUAAUGAGUCGUUGCCUAAUAAUAAUCAAGUUAACAGUAAGACGUUAUUGCAGUGCUGGAAAAUGAAUAACGUGUAUAAUUCAUCGUGCAUAUUAACAAAUUCUAAUGUAAAUACAAUAACAUCAUUAAAUUCUGGUCUUGUUGCAGUAAUCAAUGGAAAUACCGUCGAGAUGAGUUGUUUUGCUUAUUCAGUUAUUCCACCUCCAAUGUUUGCAACACGACUGGUAUUUUAUUCAAAUGGUGUAAAUCAAUCCAAUAAGACACAGUGUAAUUUCACUCCAUGUGUUUCGUCUGUAUCUAUUCCUAGUUUAUGGUUGGGAAAUGAAUCGGAUUUGCCAAACAAUGUUAUGCCUAUAUUAAUUCAAACAGUCGACUGUCAGUCAUCCAAAAAUGUAUUUCCAAAUACGUAUUUUAUUACUAUCACAAAUGGAACCUCUUUAGAGAAGGAGUCAUUUUGUAAUGGUGAGGUGUACUCUGAAUGGCAUAAUGGAGGAAAAAAUAUUGCACCUUGGCCAAAAACUGUUGUUAAAAUUGAUAUGGAUAGACUGUUCAGUGAAUGCAACGGCAAUGAUGAACCAUUGAAAUCUUUAAUCUUAACUGAGUUAAAACAGAAGAACACUUGUUUAUUUAGUCCAUUGAGUUGUUUCUCCUGGUUAAGUCUUUAUGAAGUAUUAUUUAUAGGUGCAGAUGGUCUACUAUUAGGUUAUUUGGACAUGAAAAAUCUAUAUGCUGGUGAUGAUGAUUCCGAUGGUAGUAUAAACGGACGCUGGUUACUCAGAGCGUCUUCAUCUGCUCAGGAAUUUAAAACACUCUUGGAAAGAAACAACAGUAAAUUUGCCAGAAUAACUACUAUUUGUUGUACGAUUGAUAGACGUGUUUGUGUUCAAAUGUCCAAUGGUACUGUUUACAUUUUUUCUGUUCAAGAUAUACUAAAUAACAAUUAUUGUUAUGAAAUUCUACAAAUGAAUGAAUUCAACAUUGAUAAUUUACAUUCUUAUAAUUCAUUAAAUUGUAUCAUACAAUUUCCAUCUAAUUGUGAACAAUUAUUAUGUAUACCAGUAUUUGAUGAAUACAAUUAUAACACUAUCCAAUUGAAUUCACCAAUUAUACCAGUUAAUUAUUAUCAAUCAUAUUCUGCUUUAAUUUUAUUUGGUUUUAAUAAAUCAACACAUUGUUUAUUCGCUGCUGUUUUACCAAAACAUAAUACUGGACAUUUUCAACAAAAUAAUAUUAUUGCAUUGAAUAUUACAGAUUCAUGCUCUUCAUUAAUUGGAUUAUCAGAGUUUUUAAUUGUAACUAAUAUUAAAAAAUUGUUGAUAUGUAUUUCAUUAUUAUUUAAUUCAUCACAAAUUAAUGAUCCAAAUAGUCUUUUAAAAGAAUUACUAUCACGAUUGAAUAUUCCAUCAGAACUAGACACCAGUACACGUAAACCACCGCGUAACUGGUAUAAUGAUAAUUUACAUCCAAUCGAGUCUGGUGCAGUCAUUGUAACAGCGAUACCGAAUGAUACCAAAGUCAUACUACAAAUGCCACGUGGGAAUUUAGAAGAAAUCCAUCCUCGUGCCCUUGUACUGGCACAUUUAUCCAAAUUACUUAAUAAUAAACAAUAUGAACAAGCUGUUAAAACGAUGCGUCGUCAUCGGAUCAAUUUCAAUCUAUUGCAUGAUUACAACCCUAAUUUAUUUCUAUCAAAUAUCAAACAAUUUUUACAAUCAAUUGACGAUCCUGAUUUGAUCACAUUAUUUGUAUCUGAUCUUGUUGAAGAAGAUGUAACAGAGACAAUUUAUCAUAAAUUUUAUUCUAAAUCUUCCGAGCGCCAUCGAUCAACUCUAACAACGUCUAAACUUGACCGAAUAACUGAUGUUCUUAUUGAUGAAAUGGAGAAGUAUAAUCCAACCAAAUUAAUUGUGCCAAUUAUAACUUGUUAUGCAAAAAAAGUCCCACCAAACUAUGAAGCUGGCUUACUAAGAUUAAAAGUUUUACAUGAAAAUGGAGAUAUAAAUACAUGGUAUAAUGGACUGCGUCAUUUACAAUAUUUUGCUACACCAAUUGAAUUGUAUAAAGUUGCACUAGGUACAUAUGAUUUAAAUUUUGCUACAAUGAUGGCACAACGGACACAACUAGAUCCAAAAGAAUAUUUAGCUGAAUUAAACGAAUUAAAUUCUAUAACAAAUGACUUUAAAAAAUAUCAAUGUGAUACCAUGGAAGAGGCUAUAGCAUAUCAACAAUUUAAAAUUGAUCAUAGUUUGAAAAAAUAUUUAAAAGCUGUUCUACAUUUGAUUGAUUCCGGUUCUAAACACAAAGCAGAACUAUUAUCCUACGUGAAAGCAUAUCAUUUAUAUGCACAAGUGACUGAAGUAAUGCCACAAAAUUCUGAAGAAUUCAAGAUUAUUUGUCAAUUAUGGGCGGAUUAUUUAAUUUCUUCACAAAAUUUAAAUUAUGCUGGUCAGAUUUACAUGAAAGGUGGAUUUUAUGGUUUAGCUGCAAAAACGUUCUUAUCUGCAACUAAUACUCAACAAUGGUGUAUUGCCGCUGCGAACAGUCGACUAUUGAAUGAUAAAAAUAAUACUGAUUUAUCUACUGAUCACUAUUUAAGUAAUACAGAGAUACGUACUCAAGCACAAAAGUUAGCAGCUCGAUUAAAAGAUCUUCACCGUCAUCAAGAAGCUAUUCAAAUCUAUAUUGACUUUUUAGAGGAUCCUGUAAUGGCUAUCAGAACAGCUUGUGAAGAUUGCCUGUGGAUGGAUGCUCAUCGAUUGGCAUCAUUAUAUAAUAAACAAGAAUUUUUAAAUCAAAUCCUUAAAUCUUCUUUAAGUAAACAUUAUUCUAUCUUGAAAGAAAGAUUACAUAAAUCCAUUGAUACAUACGAUAAAUUAAUCGGUCGAUUAAUUACUCUACGUCAAAUGCAUAAACAACAGGCGGAAACACAACGAUUUGUUCAGAUGCAUGGUGAUAGAGAGUAUUUUGAUGAUAACUUUUCUGAAUCUGACAUCAAUUCAGAUACAAGUAGUGUGUCGGGAGAUAGUAUAACCAGUUCAAUCAGCCAAAUAAGUUUGCGAACGUCAGGAUCGAAAAAAUCUGGACGUUCAAUGAAAUCUAAACGAAAACAAGAAGCAAAGAAAUGGAGUUCAAAACCGGGUAGUAAAUACGAAGAAGUUGGUUUAUUACAUGAACUAACUCAAUCAAUAGAAUUGGGUCAAUCACUUGCCAACGAAGUUAUGAACUCGCUUACGGAAUUUUGGUAUACAAACAUGUUUGGGGAGGGUCGCACGCUGAUAUGCUCAACUAAUGACUUAUUAAGGAAGCAGAAACUAGGAUUGUCAUCUAUAUGGGAUGAUUGGAUAACUGGCAAAUGCAUUGCAGAAGAAAAUGAACAGCAAUUUUUCGGCCGAAAAAAAUAUCCCAUUCAAGGUAAGUGGAAUAGUCAUUCAUAAAGUAAUAGCAGAACAUGCGCACACAGACACAUAUAUUACUUAAAUUUUAUUUAAAACUUUUUAUUUUUAUUUUAGAGGCAUUUUUGUGUUUUCCACCGAAAAUGAAAAGGACUAUUAUUGAAUGUUGUAUGUAUUGAAUGUGUUGUUUAAUUGAAUACAAUAGAUAUGUUCUCAAUUGUGGUACUAAAGUUUAAUUAUGUCAAACACACAAUUGCACACACGUACACACACAGUUACAACAAAACAAAAACGUUUACAUUUUAUUUGAAGUAAUUCUUUUCAUUGGAAAAUAAAAAUAUAUUUUUC